AUGGAGGGAGACCGGCCGCCGGCGCAUCCAUGUAAAGUGUGCCAGAAGAGCUUCCCCAGUGGGCAAUCCCUCGGCGGCCACAUGCGGUCCCACCACAAUAUCUCGGCGGAUGCAGGCGGCAAGGACCCGCGGACACCACCGGGCUCCUACCGACUCAGGGCGAACCCCAAGAAGACGUGGCGGAUGUCGGACGCCGGCGACGGGGCGGAUGCGGAGAAGCGGUGCGGGGAGUGCGGGAAGGAGUUCUUGACUUGGAGGGCUUUGUUCGGCCACUGCGAGUGUCACUUUCUGAAACCAGAGCCGGACAGACAGACCGAUUGUAGGAUUGCGUCGGCAGCGAUCUCGCCCGGGAGAAGGAUGCGGAUGCCGGCCAUGACUUCGUGCUCGUUCUCGAGCUCGGAUUACGAGCGCGAGGACGAGGAUGGAGCGAUCGGGCUUAUGAUGCUGUCGAGGGAUUGCAGACGCUGGGACGGAGGCGGCAGCGAGGGCAGCAGCGACUCUUCCGUCAAGGAAGCGGAGUUGGAUCUUCCGAGGAAAGGGAUAAAAAAGACAAAAGUUUCCCAUGAUCAAUUUGCCGGUGAUCUUGAUCUGCUCAAGAAUCAAAAGAUCUACUCUUUUCCAGCCGAUGAGUUCAAAUGCUCCUCCAGUGAGGUAUCAGGGAAGGGUUUCCCCUACAAAAGGGAUCGUAAGAACAACUCAGAUUCUAUCUCGCUCGGCGCUACGUUCCAAUUGGAUGAUCAAAGGAGCCAAUUCCAAUGCGUCGACUGCAAGAACACCUUCCAAUCUUACCAAGCUCUCGGCGGCCAUCGAGCGAGCCACAAGAGGACGAAUGGUUGCCGUAGAAGCAAGAUCGAUUCCGCCCAUCGGAUUGCAAACGAGGAAGAAACGGUGGACGGCGGUGAAGUCUCGGAAGCAAGCUUCGAAUCAACGAAGAAGAGGUGCCAUCUCAUGAUCCAGCAGCAGCCGCUGGAAAUGGCCAAUUUGUUCGAUCUCAACUUCCCGGCCGGCGUCGACGGCGAUGCCGAACUGGAUUCGUGCUUUUCGGUUGCUUAUCAGGUAAACAUAGCUUCGUAA